AUGUCUAAAUUUACGAUUCUUCUACUAUGUCUCGUUACUUUAUUUCUCUGCACCAAGUCGUUCUCCGGUCAAAACGACGGCGUCCCGAGCAUUGAGUCCCCGCUUCUGAUCAAGAGGGAUCAACGGACGCCACUCGUUGCUACGGAGUUCGGAGAGAUAUCAGCCGUCCAGAUCGGCGGUGGAUACCAUAUUCAGUUCAUAACAUUGGAGCCAAAUGCAUUCUUGCUUCCUCUUCUUCUCCAUUCCGACAUGGUUCUCUUUGUUCACACUGGCAGUGGGAUACUGAAUUGGGUUGACGAUGAGAAAGAGAGGACGUUAGAGUUAAGACGAGGUGAUGUUUUUAGGCUACGUUCAAGCACAGUCUUCUACGUACAUAGCAACUUGGAGAGAGACCAAGUUCCCGAGAAACUUAAGAUUCACGCAAUUUUCGACGUGGGGGAGUGUUUACACGAUCCAUGUCUUGGACCGUACUCGAAUGUUAGAGACUUGUCAUUGGGAUUUGACGCGAAAACUCUCCGUUCAGCUUUUGCGGUUCCUGAGGUGCUUUUGGGGAAGGUAAGAGACGCGGAUAGGCCUCCGUUGAUCACAAAUGCUCUACCGAGAAACAGAACACAAGGGUUGGAGGAGGAGGAGACGUGGCAAACACGGCUUGUCAAACUCUUUGUAAGAGCUGAGGAUGUGGCUGAUCAUUUGGCGAUGAAACCUGUUGUUAAUAAGAAGAAGAAGAAGAAAUCAAAAGCGUUCAAUGUUUUUGACGCUGACCCGGACUUUGAGAACGCCAAUGGCCGGAGCAUAGUGGUUGACAAGAAGGAUAUGCAUGCUUUAAAGGGUUCAAGUUUUGGAGUUUAUUUGGUUAACUUAACCAAGGGAUCAAUGAUGGGACCGCAUUGGAACCCUCGUGCUUGUGAGAUAUCGAUUGUGUUGCAAGGGGAAGGGUUUAUUCGGGUUGUCAACCACCCAUCGUCCCAAGGCAAAAGCAACAACGAGAGUGAGAGUGAGAGGUUCAUGGUUAAGGAGGGGGAUGUUUUUGUUGUGCCACAGUUUCAUCCUAUGACUCAGAUGUCUUUUGUAAACGGGUCAUUUAUGUUUAUGGGGUUUAGCACGUCGUCGAAGAAGAACCACCCUCAGUUCCUAUUAGGGCAGACCUCGGUUCUUCAGGUAAUGGACCGAGAGACACUUGCCACGUCUUUUAACAUGAGGAAUGAGACGAUCGAGAGAUUGUUAGGAGCUCAGAAAGAUGGUGUGAUGUUGGAGUGUGUAGCUUGUGCGGAGGUAGAGCUUGAUCGGCUUAUGAGAGAGAUUGAAGAGAAGAAGAGACGUGAGGAGGAGGAAAUUGAGAGAAGAAGGAAGGAAGAAGAGGAAGCGAGGAAGAGAGAAGAAGAGAGGAAAAGGGAGGAAGAGGCAGCUAAGAGACAGGAGGAGGAGAGGAGGAGACGCGAGGAAGAAGAAACUGAGAGGAGAAGGAAAGAAGAAGAGGAGGCAAGAAAGAGAGAAGAAGAAAGGAAGAGAGAGGAGGAGGAAUCUAAGAAACGAGAAGAAGAGAGGAGGAAACGUGAGGAAGAAGAAGAAGAGGCGAGAAAAAGAGAAGAAGCAAGAGAGAGAGAGGAAGAGGAAGCUAAGAGACAAGAGGAAGAGAGGAAGAGACGUGAGAAAGAAGAAGAAGAGGCGAGAAAGAGAGAACAAGAACGAGAAAAAGAAGAGGAAAUGGCUAAGAGACAAGAGGAAGAGAGGCAAAGGAAGGAGAGGGAAGAGGCGGAGAGAAAGAAGCGUGAGGAAGAGGAAGAAGAGGCAAAGGAGAGAGAACAAGAAAGAGAAAAAGAAGAGGAGAUGGCUAAAAGACGAGAGGAGGAGAGGCAGAGGGAGGAGAGGGAAGAGGCAGAGAGGAAGAGGCGUGAGGAACAAGAAAUGAAGAAACGUGAGGAAGAAGCGAGGAAGAGAGAAGAAGAGAGAAAGAGCGAAGAAGAAGCGGCUAGAAGAGCAGAGGAGGAACGAAAAAGGCAAGAAGAAGAAGAAGAAGAGAAGCGGAAGCCGCCACAGCCACAACUACCGAGCAAAGGAUAA